AUUUGAUGUUGACUUAUAUAGAGUUCUACUAGCGUUGAGAGGCACAUCAUUCAUGAAUAAUUGAGUAUGUAAUGUGGUAUCCUGUAACUGUUUUGUAGAAGUGCUAUGCUGCGAGUUUAGGUUUUCUUUUGGCUAGUGACUAUUAGGCUACAAAAGAAUGACACAAGAAUUGACAGAAGCAGACUUUGGAGGACAUUUCAUGGUUUGGUUUCUGCAGCAAUAAGGGAAACAUGAUGUGUCCAGAGAUGUUAUCAUAUAUGAUGGAUUUUAUAGUUCAGAGGACUGACGUCUGAGCUAAUGGGCUGUCUGACAUAGAAGUACAUGACAUCAGAGCUACAUAUUGAUGGAAAUUUUGGUUAGUCAACUUUGCGGGACAUCGCUCAUUGCAGAAAAAUGACAGGGCACUCAGAGGAAGACACAACAUCUCUGUCUGUGAAGGAGGGCAGAGAAAAACGUGUAUCAUUUCCCCCAGAUGAGGAGAUGGUGUCUGACUUUGUGGAGAGCAGGGUUCAGCUUCAAGAGGCUGACAGUCUCAGUCUGACAGAUAUAAUUCUGGCCUACAAGCAGAGCUGUGAAAAAAACCACGUGAAACCAAACCCAAAGGCUCUUGAUCAAUUAAAGGUACUGUACAGUGGAAUAAUGUGCAUUAAACAAACACGGCACUUCUCACGCUUUGAUUUCUUGCUAAUAUUAGGUUAUUUGUGCAGAAGAUUUGCGGUUAUUGAUACCAGUAGAAGUGAGCUUGAAGUGCGGGUCAGCAUGUUCUGGCUUCCUGCGCCCUGUCAUACACUGAUGGCAUCUAACUCCAACUCUCAGUGUCAUUAUCUGCACAUGGCAGAGGGGAUUAGAAAAAUUGGAUUUCUGAUCCCCCCUUCCUAUGGUACAGUUAAUCUAAAAAGUGGUAUCUCCAUUUUGAUUGCUUUUCCAGGUGAACGGUUAGAUUAUUGUUCCUGCGAAUCUCUUGAAGAGAUCCUGAAAUCAUUGCAAUUUGAUUUUAUCAGUCUGCAGGGGGCCGAGCUUGAGGAAAAUGGAGCAUCAUCUUUGCUGGAUAUGUUUUUGUACUACGAAUCAGCCACGCACCUCGACGUGUCCUCAAACUCAGGCAUGGGAUUCUCAGGUUGGCUUUCACUGUCACACCUCCUUCGACAGAGUGGAUGCCUGUGGAGGCUAGAUGCUUGCAACAUGCCCAUGGUGGACUACGCCGCACAGGCCUUGUCAAAAGCCCUUCUCACCAGCAGGCUGACAGUGCUACACCUUGAAAACACCUGCCUGAGCGGCAAACCUCUCUUCACACUUGUCGGUGCUCUGAAAAGGAACGUCGCUUUGCAGGAGCUUUACCUCUCUGAAAACAACCUCAACGGCUACCAGGACUCCAUGCAACUUGCCGACCUCCUUAAAUACAACAACACUCUUAGAACCUUGGACCUAAGCAACAAUUCCACAUCUGACUCAGGUUUGGAGGAGAUUUGUGAUGCUUUGAGCUUUCAGAAGACUGGUUUGAGGAAUCUGAUACUGAGUAACAAUCACAUCACUCAUCUUGGCAUGAGCCAUCUACAGAAUGUUUUGCCCCGCUUAAAAACCCUCGAAACGUUAAACCUUGGCAAAAACAACCUUGAGAACAGAGGCAUUCACACGUUAAAGGAGUCCCUCAUGAUCAAUCGCUCUUUAUUGCAACUUGGCCUAGCUGCCACAGGAAUAACAUGCGAGGGUGCUGUGACUUUGGCUGAGAUCCUUGCAGAGAGUCCACAGAUCCAGCGUUUGGACGUACGGCAGAACCAGGUGCUCGCUGGGGGCCUCAUGGCUCUCUCAUUGGCCCUAAAGAUCAACCGUUCACUCAUCAGACUGGAUCUGGACCAACACCUGAAAGAGGAAAAGGAGGACUUCCUGGUUGAAACGCAGAAGACGCUGCUGAGCAGGAUCUCCGAUCUGUGCGUGGUGAACGCGACGGCCGCCAAGGGGACGGCUCUGCUGCCUGCUCCUCCGGACCCGGCCGACUGCGCCGAGACCACCUAUUCACUCCCCGCCCAAACAGCCGAGUAGAAGACAUAUAAGCAUAAUAAUUCUAUGGCAAAUAACGAUAACCAUAAAACUCCAAAUCCCUGUAAUAAAGCCGAAGCCUUUCUCCCUAAUGAAACAGUGGCCCUCCUGCUGUUUCCUGCCUAAUGUUCCCGCCGAGGCUUCCUCCACUUUCCAUAAAGCAAUUUUGCAAGCCCACUCCCAACGUGAAUCAUCUCGAAACGAAGAGAAGCAUCUCCCUCCAUCUCUCCUCGUGUCCCCGGAGGGUGACGCUGACUAAAUCUGUGUUGAUACAGAGGUGUGCUCUAAAUCCUGUUUGCUCGGGUUCCAUCUCCCCUAAUAUUCACACUCUUGUAUGAGGCCCCUUCCCUGCCUGCGUCUGCUAAUGUAGCGUAUCGUCGUCUGGAUGACAAGACGACAUCGAUGAGUUUCUCACAAUGUGUGGGAAGGAGAACAUAUGUUAAAUUUAAGAAGCUGGGAUUUACCUCUGCGCGGGUCUUAGUUUACAUGCACUGCUCGGCGCUAGCCGACAACAAAGGACGAAUCGCCGUUUUGUGCGGUUUAAGUUGUGGAUGCACAUGAAAAGGUGUUAUAUCUGAAAAUAUAGGCGGCUUUUGUGGAAGUCGCACUAAAUCUGCCCAUCUGCCGUGACUUUAAAUUCAAAGUAAUUAAGAAUAUGUUUGGUAAAUGAAAAACAACCUUUGUGAAAUGCAUUAAAUGAGUUAACGGUGAGAUUGGGUUUGUAAAUUUGAUUUGAAUUUCCGUUAACAUUUCCACACUAAAGUGUGUAAUUACAGUGUUUAAAAAUAGGCUUGUUUUUUUUUUUUUUUUUUGGUGUGUGUGUGUGUGUAAUCAAUUAGAUUUAAUUUCUCCAACACAUGCCAUUCAUUUAUUUCUAAUUAAUUCUGUUUACCUAUUAAUUUUUCAAAAGAAAAACUUUAAACUGUAAAAAAAAAAAAAUGCAACUAAAGAUAUUUUUAUAAAAAAAAUACAAAUAAAAUAAAGACCUUUCUAAAAUAAGAAAGUCAGUAAUGUGAAUUGUUCCACACACAUUGCAUAUCAAAAACUACAGUAAUAUCACUCAGAGAUUUGAAUGCUUUUCUUGGCAAAUCCCAAAUUACUCAAAGAUUUCUUGAUUGACAGAUGAGGGGGGAUAACUGUAUUUAGCCAGGGACCAUCUUUCCUCAUCUGGCGUGAUUUGGGUCUCAUGGAGGAUUGGCCCCCCUGGUGUCUGCCCCCCUCCUCCUCUCGGCACGGGGCAGGGGCAGAUUGACAGAACAGCAUGGGGGCAAGCGCCGCUGUGCCAACAGCCCCCCCACGCUCUACCUGAUGUUUUUAACAAAGGCUUCCAUCUCACCAACUCUGCUGCCGAACAUCGCCCAGCCAGCUUCAACCCACCCCGGCUCUGGAACAAACAGACUUUGAAACCUGAUCGCAAGGAUGUUGGGAACAGAUGCACAGACGCUGGGAAUGAUGCAGCGUGUACGGCUGUACUCAAAGAUAAAAUGUCAAACAUUUUUCAGUCGGAGCCCAAGAAAUUGGACAGUUGUUAGUGAGCACCUACUUGUAAUUGACAGGAGGAUAUUGGGGGCUUGUUUUCUAUUAUAUAUAUAUAGACUGGGGCUAGUUGUCACACUUUUUUACUUCAGUGAAUAUUUCUCAGUGUAGGUUUAUCUUUGGGAGUCAAUUCAAUAAAAUCUUGGCUAAAAUAAAUGAAUUUAAAUAAAAUGUAGCUACUGUCAUGGC